AUGGAAUCCUGGUCCGUCGUGGGAUACGAGCAACCGCUGGAAAAGUUGAAGGGUCCUAUUCCAGAACCCACAGGGACAGAAGUCUUGGUAAAAGUAACCCACUGUGGUGUGUGCCAUUCGGAUUUGCAUUUUUGGGAAGGAUACUACGACCUGGGGUUCGGUAAAAGGCUCUUGAUUAGUGACCGUGGGGUUAAGCUCCCAAGAGCUCUGGGACAUGAAAUCUUAGGGAACGUUGAGAAAGCUGGACCCGAGGCGCGAGACAUCCCACUCGGCUCACGACGAAUCGUCUACCCUUGGAUAGGGUGCGGUAAAUGUCGCAGAUGCGAACAAGGUGAAGACAAUCUGUGUUCAACCGGAAGACCUCUCGGUGUUGCCUCGAAUGGAGGGUUCGCAAGCCAUGUCAUUGUCCCCCAUCCCAAAUUCCUCGUCGACCCUGGCGAUGUGGACCCUGCGGUUGCAUGCACAUUUGCCUGCUCUGGAAUCACCGUGCUGAGCUCGAUCCGAAAAGUUCUGCCAUUAGAUCCUGACGAUCCAAUCCUUCUGAUAGGGGCGGGAGGAUUGGGACUCGCCGCAAUUGCCACUCUGCGCGCCCUAGGACACCGGCGGAUCAUCAGUGCCGAUAUUUCUGCAGAGAAGCGAAAAACCGCAGUUGAGACCGGUGCCACCGCCGCUGUCGAUAGCUCAAGUGAGAAUGCAGCCAAGGAGAUUCAAGAUGCUGCCGGUGCCCCCGUGCUCGGAACGAUAGACUUUGUGAGCAACACGCAGACUGCAGCACUGGCGUUUGAAGUUCUCGCCAAAGGAGGCAAGAUGGUCCAAGUCGGUAUCAUGGGUGGGGAGCUCAAUCUCUCGCUGGUCGGCAUGAUAUUCAAGGCUCCAACGAUUAUGGCAAACUACACUGGUAACCCGGGUCAUCUCAGAGAAGUCGCUGAGCUCGCGAAGCAGGGCAAGUUGCUACCAAUCCCAGUAAUCACAAUCCCAGUAGACGAGGCCAACAAUGCCUUAGCGCGGAUCCGGGAAGGAAAAGUCACUGGGAGACUCGUUUUGACUUGGUAA